AUGCUUACCAACCCCAAUGGUGAGGUAUUAUGGAAGCCCACAAUCAAUUCCAGCGACGUCGCUUCUGCUGCCAUGCUCGACAAUGGCAAUUUCGUGCUUCAAAAUAAGGACUCUCAUCACAUAUGGGAGAGCUUCAGCCAACCUACAGACACCAUAUUUCCUGGCCAGACACUGCAAGUUGGUGGCAAUCUUUCUUCUCGGCUAUCGAAUACUAGUUACUCACGGGGAAGGUUUCAGCUCCGCUCUGAUUUCUCGAAGAUGGAGAAAUCGGAGCUGAAACGCUCCAGAUCAAUCCUGUUUCCUUGCCAGCUUACUUUCCUUACUCUCCCUAGGACACUAUUGUGUUCGCUGAUACUGAUAAUCGUUCAAGGUUGUUCUUCAAUGAAUCAGGAAGUGGUGCUUGUGGGUAUAAUAGCUACUGCCAGGUUGCUAAUGGGAUACCCAUAUGUGAAUGCCCACCUGAAUACAUCCAAAAUGAUCCAAACAACAUUCUCAGUGGAUGCAAACCAAAAAUCUCACUUGUUUGUCAACGAGAUGAAUCUGGUUUCCCUGAUGAUCUGUUUUGAGUUCAACGAGCUUACUGGCACGGAUUGGCCACGUUCUGAUUACGAGAUGUUUGAGCCCAUUAGUGAAAAGCCAUGCAAAAAUUCUUGCUUGAUGGACUGUUACUGUGCUGUUGUUAUUUAUAGAGGCGAGACAUGCUGGAAGAAGAAGCUUCCACUCUCCAAUGGGAAGUUGAAGGCAAGCGACAAUGGGAAGGCUCUGUUCAAAAUAAGGCGUUCAAGUUCGUCAAGCACAAAGAAGAAAGAUCAAACAAUAGCUAUCCUGGUUGGAUCAUUGGGUAGUUCAGUAUUUAUCAAUUUCGUAUUGUUAGCUGCAAUUUCUGUGACUGCCUUCUUUGUGUGCCAAAGAAGACCAAAAAGUAAUACGCAAGUUUCAAGCAUUUCGGAGACUAAUCUACGUUCCUUUACAUACAAAGAACUCGAAGAAGCAACAAAUGGGUUCAAGGAAGAAUUGGGAAAGGGUGCUUUUGGCAUUGUUUACAAAGGUCUGUACCCUUUAGGCUCUAGAAAUCUGGUUGCAGUCAAGAGGCUAGACAAGGCAGUCCAAGAAGGUGAGAAGGAAUUCAAAACAGAGGUAAGUGUGAUCGGCCAGACACAUCACAAGAAUUUAGUUCGAUUAUUUGGAUUUUGUGAGGAAGGGCUAAACAGGCUUUUGGUAUAUGAGUUCAUGGGCAAUGGCUCUUUGGCAAGCCUUCUCUUUGGACUCUCAAGGCCUCAUUGGGACCAAAGAACUCAGAUUGCAAUCGGAAUUGUAAGAGGGCUUGCAUACUUACACGAAGAAUGCAGCACCCAGAUAAGUGAUAUAAAGCCUCAGAACAUACUUCUAGACGAUUUUUUCAGGCCAAGGAUUUCUGAUUUUGGAUUGGCAAAGCUGUUGAUGCCUGACCAGGUCUUAACUCGCACAGGCAUUAGAGGGACUAAAGGGUAUGUGGAGCCAGAGUGGUUCCGAAGGAUGGCGAUCACAGCAAAGCUGGAUGUCUAUAGCUUUGGUGUGAUGUUGGAAAUUAUCUCUCGCAGGAGGAGUGUUGAGACAGCAUGGGGUGGAGAAGAUAAAGCAAUAUUAACGAACUGGGCUCAUGAUUGCUACCAAGAAGGUAAACUUGAAGAGUUGGUAGAGAGGGAUGAGAAGAGGUUACUGACUUUUGUGAUGGUGGAAAUUUGGUGUAUUCAAGAGGAUCCAUUGCUGAGGCCAACAAUGAAGAAGGUGUCACAGAUGAUUGAAGGAGCUGUUGAUGUUCGCUGUCCACCAUGCCCUUGUCCCUUCAGCUCUGGAUUCAAUGCGUAG